GGAGGCGUUUCCUGCUCCAACAAGCCUCCACCUCCCUACAUGGCCGUGGGACUCGCGUGCUUUGCGUGCAGAGGGCGCGGACGCAGCAGAUCUGAUCAGCAGACUCUCCGGGCCUCCUGCUGAAGUGUCUUUGAGCCAGACGCUGAACCUGUGCCAGGAAGAGAGAAACCCGAGAGCCAUUCCAGCAUGGAGGGGAGGCGGGGUCUUCUCCUCAGCCUCAUCUUGGGGUCAAUGUGUUUCUACGGCAACGCCGUUGAGAAGACAGUCUGCACUCAAGAGGCUGUAGCCGACAUCGUCUUCAUGGUGGAUGGGUCGUGGAGCAUCGGCACCGAGAACUUCGAGCAGAUCCGUCAGUUCCUGUACACGCUGGUCAGCAGCUUCGACGUCGGGCCUGAGCAUGUCCGCAUCGGGCUGGUCCAGUACAGCACCAAUACGCGCACCGAGUUCCUGCUCAACACCUAUCAGAACAAGAAGGACAUCCUCCAGUACAUCAGCACAUUGCCUUACAUGGGGGGCGGCACCCAUACGGGUGAGGGUUUGGACUUCAUGCUGAAGGAGCACUUUGUGAAAACAGCUGGAAGCCGGGCGCACCAGAAUGUGCCGCAGAUCGCUGUGGUGAUCACUGAUGGCAAAUCGCAAGACGAUGUGAAGAACCACGCCCAGGAACUGAAGAGAAAGGGAAUAGUUUUGUAUGCAAUUGGUAUCAAAGAUGCGGACGAAGAACAGCUGAAAGAGAUAGCAAACGAGCCGCACAGUCAGUACGUCUACAGCGUGUCUGACUUCGCAGCGCUGCAGGGAAUUUCUCAGAACAUCAUCCAGACGCUUUGCACAACUGUGGAGGAAGUCAAACGACAACUCCUGCAAUUGUCUCAAGAAUGUGCCAAAGCCACCAUGGCCGACAUCGUCUUCCUGGUCGAUGGCUCCUCCAGCAUCGGCAUCAGUAACUUUCAGGCGGUCCGGCAGUUUCUCCGAAGCUUGGUCACGGGCCUCGAAAUCGGCCCCGACAAAGUUCGGAUCGGCUUGGCUCAGUACAGCGAUGAACCUUUCGAGGAGUUCCUGCUGAAGAAACACACGGACAAGAAUGCCCUGCUGGCUGAGGUGGACACAUUCCCCUACCGAACAGGAGGCACAGAAACAGGCAAGGCCAUUGACUUCCUCCGGACGACGUACUUCACCGAAGAGGCGGGCAGCCGAGCCAACCAAAGGGUGCCUCAGAUCGCUGUGGUCAUUACAGAUGGGGACUCCACGGAUGAUGUUGUAGCGCCAGCGCAGCGCCUGAGACAGCAAGGAGUCAUAGUGUUUGGCAUUGGGGUUGGACAAGCUAACCUGCAGGAGCUCGGAUCCAUUGCCAACCGACCUUCAGACCGCUUCCUGUUCCCCAUCGUUGACUACCAGGCUCUGCAGUUGCUGACAGAGCGUCUGCUGCAAACUGUUUGUGUCUCCGUUGAGGACCAGAGGCAAGCUUUGGCAGAAAAGUUUGCAGACAUUUUCUUCCUGGUGGACAGCGGCGUGGCUCCAGGGGAGUUCCAGCAGAUCAGAUCCAUCCUCACCCGACUCACCAAUCAGCUCAACAUCGGAGCGUCUGCCUACCGCCUGGGUUUGGCACAGUACGGUGAAAAUGUCAAGGUUGAAUUUCUUCUUAAUGCUCACCAAACCAAAGAGGAGAGCCAGAACGGCGUUAAGCGUUUCCGACAGCGCAGACUGCAAUCCGGCGAGCCUCGUAACCUGGGCAAGGCCUUGCAGUAUGCCAGUGCUAACUUCUUCACCAGCGAGGCGGGAAGCCGGGCAGACCUGGGCUACCAACAGUACCUGGUGGUUCUGAGCGGGAAAGAUUCUAGUGAUCCUGUGUACAGGGAGUCCCGUCUGAUCAAAUCAUCAGGAGUAACCGUGGUGGGAAUGAGCCUCGGUGUUUCCAUGACAGAACUGCGUACCAUUGCGACCGCGCCAUACGUAUUCUCGUCGAUCAGCAAUGCUGCACCUACACUGAAGGCUAUUUUCGAAAGACAGGAGCUUGAAACCAUUCUCACUGGAGAUUGCAAAGCAGCCAAACUGGCGGACAUCGUGUUCAUCGUUGACGAGUCUGGAAGCAUUGGAACCCCCAACUUCCAGCUGGUGCGCACUUUCCUGCACUCGAUUGUGAGCGGCCUUGAAGUCAGUCCCAGCAAAGUCCGAGUGGGCGUUGUGAUGUAUAACGACAGGCCCACGGCACAGGUCUACCUCAACUCCUUUAAUGACAAGGACGAACUGCUGAAGUUCAUCAAAAUCCUGCCUUAUCGCGGGGGCGGUACGAACACCGGCGCGGCGCUCAAAUUUGCCCGAGAGAGUGUUUUCAUCAAGGACAAAGGAAGCAGGAAAGAUAAGGGUGUCCAGCAGGUGGCAGUGGUGAUCACAGAUGGUAAAUCCCAGGACGAAGUGAGCACGGCAGCAGCUGAUCUCCGUCGGGCUGGAGUCACCGUUUACGCGGUGGGAGUCAAGGACGCCAAUGAGGCCGAGCUGAAACAGAUGGCAUCUUACCCCAACCCUAAGCACACGUUCAUCGUGGACAGUUUUACUAAGCUGAAAUCGUUGGAGCAGAGCUUGCAGAAAAUUCUGUGCCAAAAUAUAAUUCGACAAGCAUUCUCAGUCAAUACGAGAAGAACUGGCAUCAAAGAAGGCUGCGUGCAAACGGAUGAAGCCGACAUCUUCUUCCUGGUGGAUCACUCUGGAAGCAUUUACCCCAAUGACUUCCAUGACAUGAAGAAGUUCAUCAUUGAGUUUCUAAGUACCUUCCGUAUCGGGCCACAACACGUCCGCAUGGGGGUUGCAAAAUACGCAGACUCACCAAACUUAGAGUUCGAUCUGACCACCUAUUCGGAUGCCAAGGCAUUGGAGAAAGCCGUGCAGGAUAUUAAACAGAUAGGAGGCGGGACAGAGACAGGAAGAGCUCUGGAAUUCAUGGGUCCACAGUUUGAUAAAGCGAUGGCAACUCGUGGCCACAAAGUCCCAGAGUACCUGGUGGUCAUCACUGACGGAAAAUCCUCCGAUGAGGUCAAGAUUCCUGCAGAAAAGCUAAGGGCGCAGGGUGUCACCGUGUAUGCCAUUGGCGUGAAAAGUGCAGAUGAAGAAGAGCUGAAAGAGAUUGCAGGCGACCCUAAGAGGACUUUCUUUGUCAAUAAUUUUGAUGCUCUGAAGCCCAUCAAGGACGACAUCAUCACGGACAUCUGUUCCAAAGACGCUUGCAAGGACAUACCAGGCGACCUCCUUUUCUUGAUUGACAGCUCCGGGAGCAUCUAUCCAAAUGACUACCAGAAAAUGAAAGACUUCAUGAAAUCUGUCAUCAGCAAGUCCAUCAUCGGACAGGACGAGGUGCACGUCGGCGUCAUGCAGUUCAGUGACGUCCAACAACUUGAGUUCAACCUCAACCAGUACUCCAGCAAGGACGCAAUGUCGAAUGCCAUCGAUAACAUGCUGCAGAUCGGUGGAGGUACGGACACGGGUAAAGCCAUCACGCAGGUGUCACAGUAUUUUGAUGUUGGCAACGGCGGGCGUCCAAACCUGAGGCAGAGGCUGGUGGUGAUAACAGACGGCGAGGCCCAAGACGAGGUCAAACGCCCCGCUGCAGCUCUUCGUGCCAAGGGAGUGACCAUCUACGCCAUCGGAGUGGUGGACGCCAACACCACACAGCUACUGGAGAUCAGUGGUUCACCAGACAGGGUGUAUUCGGAGAGGGACUUUGAUGCCCUGAAGGACUUGGAAAGCCAGGUGGCCUUGGAGCUCUGUGAUCCAGAGAGAGACUGUAAGAAGACAGAAAAAGCGGACAUUAUCUUCCUGGUGGACGGCUCCACGAGCAUAACCCUGAGCAAGUUUAGAAGCAUGCAGAAGUUUAUGGAGUCAAUGGUGAACCAAACCACGGUCGGCAAGGACCUGACUCGCUUCGGGGUCAUUCUUUACUCCACCAACGCCAACUCUAUUUUUUCUCUGAAUACGUACAACUCCAAACGAGAAGUUGUGAAUGCGAUAUCAGCGCUGAAGUCCCCAUUUGGAGACACCUACACCGGACGGGCUUUGGCAUACUCUUUAGAGUACUUUAGUGAGAACCAUGGUGGUCGGGCGGCGCUCCAGGUGCCGCAGAUUCUCAUGGUGAUCACAGACGGUGAUGCCACCGACCGUAACAAUCUGGCCGCGCCGUCCUUGGCGCUGCGUGACAAAGGGAUCAGCAUCUUCAGCAUCGGAGUGGAAGGAGCCAACAAGACGCAGCUGGAGAUCAUGUCUGGUCAUGACGCGUCUAAAGUUUUCUACGUGGACAAUUUCGACGCCCUGGAGACUCUGUACAAGAAUAUUACUCACGUCCUCUGUAAUACCACCAAGCGAGUUUGUGAGAAACAGAAGGCUGACCUGGUCUUCCUGAUCGAUCAGUCAGGCAGCAUCAACUCAACGGACUACACCACCAUGAAGACGUUCACGACAGAACUUUUGAGUAGCUUCAAAGUCAGCGAAGAUUUAGUGCGCGUAGGACUCGCCCAGUUCAGCAGCACGUUUGAAAAAGAGUUCUACCUGAACCAGUUCUACACUGAGCAGGCGGUCACUCAGCACAUCCUGGGUAUGCGGCAGACCGGCGGAGGCACCAACAUCGGACACGCCCUGGAUAGCAUCAGGGAUUAUUUUGAAGCGUCGCGGGGCAGUCGCAGAUUGGCCGGGAUCUCCCAGAAUCUGGUGCUGAUCACAGACGGUGAAUCGCAAGACGAUGUGGAGGAUGCGGCCGACCGCCUCAAGGCUCUGGGGGUCGAGGUGUUUGCCAUCGGCAUCGGUGAUGUUCACGAUCUGCAGCUGCUGCAGAUCACUGGCACCCCGGAGAAGCUGUUCACCGUGCAGAACUUUGGCAGUUUGGAAAAGAUCAAGCAGAAGGUGGUUGACACAAUCUGCAAAUCCAAACCGCCUGUCCCACCCAAUCCUUCAGACUGCGUCAUCGACAUCGCCAUGGGAUUCGAUAUUUCUCAAAGAACCAGAGCUUCCGGUGAGGUGCUGAUCAGCGGCCACAACAAACUCCAGACCUUCCUUCCGGAGAUCGUCCAUUAUGUUUCCUCAAUACAAGGCCUGUGCUGCGUUGGCACCGAGCCCGUCCAGACCAAGAUCGCCUUCCGACUGGUGAAUGAGGGUGGGCGCACCCUGUACGACUUCAACUUUGAAGGCUACAGCGAAGACGUGGUGAAGAAAGUCAUGUCCUUGAAUCUGCCAGAGCCAACUUACUUCAACACCGCCCUGCUGAAAUCCUUUGAGGAGAAGUUCAAGGGGUCAAACGCCGGCGUGAAGGUGGCGGUGAUCUUCUCAGACGGACUCGAUGAGGACGUGAUGAAACUGGAGCACGAAUCCGAGCUGCUGCGACAGUCUGGGGUCAGCGCACUGCUGACGGUGGCUCUGGAGGGAGCGAGGAACCCCGCCCAGCUGCAGAUGGUCGAGUUCGGCCGAGGAUUCGGCUACAAGCUUCCUCUCAGCAUCGGCAUGCAGAGCGUCGGCAGCACCAUCCUCAAACAGAUCGACACAGUGUCAGACAGGGAGUGCUGCAACGUCAUGUGCAAAUGUUCGGGACAUGAAGGCAUUCGUGGCUCUCGCGGCCCCCCGGGGUCGAAGGGCGUGUCUGGACAGAAAGGUUACCCAGGGUUCCCCGGAGAGGAGGGCGUCGCUGGUGAGCGAGGCGGUCCUGGACCGAGUGGACCUCAGGGAGUCCAGGGUUGUCCUGGGAUCAGAGGACUGAAGGGCAACCGCGGCCUCCGGGGGAACAGGGGCGAGGACGGCGAGGACGGACUGGACGGAGUCAACGGAGAACAGGGAGUGACUGGAAAAGACGGAGCUCGAGGAGAGCGAGGACACUCAGGAAACCCAGGUAUCCCGGGUAUCAGAGGGGAGGCGGGGCUGAAAGGACAGCGAGGACUGAGAGGAGAUCCAGGUGAAUCAGGAGCCGAUAACACCGUCCCCGGAGCCAAAGGAGACCCCGGGAACCCGGGUCUACCGGGUACACCUGGACAGGACGGGCGGCCAGGUGAGAGUGGAAUCGUUGGAAACUCGGGUCCGGAUGGAAGAAGAGGGUCACUCGGUGAGAAGGGUGCACCUGGACCGCCUGGAGAUCCAGGACUCACAGGGAGCCAAGGUGCUUCAGGUACACAGGGUGCCAGAGGGGUCAGAGGUCAACCGGGACCGAGAGGAAUCCCUGGUCUUCCUGGACCUCAGGGUGGACCGGGACCAGGUGGAAACCCGGGAUUAGCCGGACGCCGCGGAGCCAACGGACAGAAGGGCCAACCAGGAGAUCCGGGAGAUAAAGGUGUUCGAGGAUCGCAGGGACCAGGAGGGAUGCCGGGUCAGGAUGGAAAGGACGGUUACGGACCUGCAGGACCUAAAGGUGCCAAGGGAGAUCCUGGUUUCCCUGGUUACCCCGGUCUAACGGGUGAGAACGGCCAGCAGGGACCCAAAGGAUACCCAGGACGUAAAGGGAACCCGGGUCGAGGCGGAAACUCAGGCGUGUCGGGAGAGUCGGGAGUAAAUGGAGAGCCGGGAAAUCCAGGACACAGGGGUCCCAGAGGUCCUCCUGGAAGCAUGAACAUGACAGAGUGCCAGCUGAUCAAUUACAUCCGAGACAACUGUGCCUGUGCCAUCGAUAAAUCGGAGUGCCCGGCGUAUCCCACCGAGCUGGUGUUCGGUCUGGACAUGUCCGAGGAUGUGACCCCGGCAGCCUUCGAGAGGCAACGCUCCGCCCUCCUCUCCCUGCUGGACGACAUCACCAUCGCCGAGAGCAACUGCCCGACGGGCGCCCGGGUUGCCGUGGUGGGAUACAGCGCCCACACCAAAUACCUGAUCCGCUUCCAGGACUACCGCCGCAAGACGCAGCUGAUCGAAUCUGUGAGGAACAUCGCCCUGGAGAGGACCUCCAACCGACGCCAACUUGGAGCCGCCAUGCGCUUCGUGGGUCAGAACGUCUUCAAACGCGUCCGAUCGGGAAUGAUGAUGAGGAAGGUGGCUGUCUUCCUCUCUAACGGGCCCACGCAGGAUGUUAACGACAUUGUCACCGCCCUAAUGGAGUACCGCGGCCUCAACAUCGUCCCAGCAGUCAUCUCUCUGAGGAACGCUCCUGCUAUUGGUCGAGUGAUGGAGGCUGACGACUCAGGAAACUCCAUCUUUACGGUGCUGGGGAGGGACACGGCUGCUGACCUGAGGAAGGUGAAGAACUGUGCAAUCUGUUACGAUCCCUGCAAACGUUUGGAGCAGUGCAGCUUCAUCCAGGAACCGGUUCAGCCUCAGGAGGUCGACUUGGACCUGGUCAUGGUGGUGGACAGCUCCAGGGAGGUGCAGGCUGAUGAGUACUCCGGUGCUCAGCAGCUGUUGGGUUCUGUGGUGGAGCAGUUGGCUGUGAGCCCGCAGCCCCGCAGGCCCGGCAAACAGGCCCGGGUGGCUGUAGUCCAGCAGAGCGGUACCCAGGCUGUUAAGGUGGAGUUCGGCCUGCAGACCUACCAAAACCACAACCUGAUGAAGAGGCACCUGAUCCAGAACAUGCGUCAGCAGGGCGGCUCCUCUGCGCUGGGACAUACGCUAGAGUUCACCCUGGAUAUGCUCCUGAAGGCCAGCCAGCCCCGGAGGAGGAGGGCAGUGCUGACCGUGGUGGGAACCCAGACGGCUUACCAAGACCGAGCCAGGCUGCACUACAUCUCCCAGAAGGCCAAGUGUGAGGGGGUGGCGCUGUUUGUGGUGACAGUCGGCGAGCGCUACAACCGGACCCAGGUGGAGGAGCUGGCCAGUCCACCUGUACAGCAGCACCUGAUCCACAUCAGCAAUCUGAAGGCUGACGAGCAGGGCUACGCCCAACGCUUCUUCAGGGUCUUCCUCACCACCCUCAACAAGGGAAUUAACUCGUAUCCUUCUCCCGCUUUAAAACGGACGUGUGACCAGCUGACAGACGAUGGAGGACAAACAUUCAUACCCAGUCGGGGGUCGGUGGACGUGAAGGAGGACUUCAGGGAGGAAGAGGAGGAGGAGGAGGAGGAGGAGGAGGAGGAGAGGUUUGAGGAGCAGACGGGAGGACAGACUCAGACCGGCCAGCUGGACAUCAUCGAAACUCUGACCAGAGGAGACGGCCAGAGAUUUGUCUCAGGAGUGGACGCCCAGUGUCAGCUGGAGUCUGACUCUGGCCUCCAGUGUGCCGACUAUGUCCUGUUGUGGUUCUUUGACAAAGCCAUCGGUGCAUGCGCUCACUUCUGGUACGGCGGGUGCGGCGGUAACGCCAACCGCUUUAACUCGGAGUUUGAAUGUUUGCAGACAUGUGGGCACCACAAUCCAAACAUCCUGUCGAGUCCGGAGCUCGAGCUGACCAGCUUCCCCUCCAAAGGGAGCUGCUUCCUGCGCCAGGACCAGGGCAGCUGUCAGAACUACACCAUGAUGUGGUUCUUUGACACCGAACAGAACGAAUGUUCCCGCUUCUGGUACGGCGGCUGCGGCGGCAACAGAAACCGCUUCGAGACGCAAGAGGAGUGCCAGAACCUCUGCCUGACGAAGAGUCGAUGAGGAGGAGGAGGAGGAGGAGGAGGAGGACGCCCUCCGGAUCGGCUGGAGGAAAAUCAGCCACUGUACGCCAAAAACAGCAACACGCAUGUUCAAGGAACAACACCAAAGUUUCCUGAAUGAUUUUAUUCGCAGUCUGUUCGGAGACGGUUUUCCUUCUAACCAGCUUCCUGCUAAAACGCCUUCAGGGAAAGUGGAAACUGCUCCAGGAGCUGCACGUUUGUCGGGUUGCCUUUUGGUCUUCUUUCUUGAACAUGUGUGUUUAUUUGUUCUUCGAGUUCGCCCUCGGAGCUCUUUUCUUCCUCACCAAACCUUCAUCCUACAUCCGACAGCAGGAAACUGUUGGACGUCGAUCAAACGCGACGGACGCUCCUCGGAGACUCUUUCAGGCUCACAUCAGGUGCUAUUCUCACAAAGCGGGUUGGAGGCUGAUGAUGUUUGUUGAGUGAAUGUUUGAAGGAAUCACGUCGGAACAUUAAAGUGUGUUUAUGUGAAUGAGCUCGAUAUCCACCAGCACGUCUCUGUUUGCUUGAUUUGACUCACCGACCCUGAAGACGCUCCGUUUAUAGGUUUUAUUUAGAUUUCUCAGUAUGUACAAUAUACACCCACAAUUCAACCUUAUUAAGCUGUUUUUUUUUACAAAGAUAGACGGUUUGUGAUGGUAACUGUAAUAUCUGAGUCUUACUUUCAAAGUUUUGGUCUUUAAUUGGUUCAACAGGAAGCUGAGAUCCAGAAAAACCCUUAAAAAAACCAUUUCAGGAUUUCCUGGUUCCAAUAUCACCGCAGCAGAACAAAGUGAAACACACAUAAAUCUUAUUUUAUAUCUGUGAUGGCGUUGUGACGAGCUCCCGGCGAAGGUCCCGGCAGGUGAGGUUGUACCCGGCGUCGCGACAAGCUAACAGGACCAAGAGACGUAGAUACCGCGUACUCCAUUUGAGGGCGGCCAUAUUGGUGAGGUCAACAGUCCCUGUUUGGAAAAAUGUCCCAUAAAUCUUGAAUUAUAUGUUUUUAUGGAGAGAAAAUUCACAUUUUCAGGUAAAAUUUUAUAGAAAUUAUACUUUGAAAAAAUACGUUUGACAAUAUUUUGGGUUUGAUCAGUUUGUGGACACGUGUUACUACAAAGAUUCAAACAUUUAACAGCCACGAGUCUGAAUCUCUCAGUACUGUAACUAGUUGAUGUUGACCUCUGCAAUGUGGCGGCCGCGCAGAUGUAAAAUACAAAAGUACUAAAAAAUAAUAAAGAAAUGAUAUCGAAUCCGCCUCUAAACAAUGAUUCAUGUUUUCAACCUGAAGGAUAUAAACUCCCUUUAGGUCACUGAAGCUGACGUUUGUGAGUAAAAUAGUUCAACUGACCAAACUUUCAAAAUAAGACUCAGACUUUUCUGUUCAGUGGAGGUGAAACAGCUCGCUGGCUAACGUCUGCUCAGUAUCUGAUUCACUCCACAAACACUGAAGAGGCUGCAGGGUCCCAGUUGGAGCCUUAAAAGGUCUGAACGACGGGGCUUCAACUUGUGUCUCCGCCUGUCUGUCCAUCUGUCUGUCUGGAUGUCUGUGGUUCGUCACACUGACCAAUGGUGCUUCAUGUAAAAACAACGAUAAUAAAGAAUUUAAGAAAACCCCUGGA